AUGUCUUCCGCCACUGCCGUGUUCGCCCGCGCGGGCGACUCUGGUGCAGGUCAGGCCGACGGCUGGACACCUGCUCAACUGAAUGCCGCUCUCGUCCGUUAUCUGAUGUACAUUUGCGCCAUUGUCAGCGCCCUCACCAUCACGUGGCGUGCCAUCUCGGUCCUUGUCCGCUAUGUCCGCACCGUCACCUGCCUCACAAACGAUACACAACGAUACUUUGCCAAGCCAUCGUCCAACUACUCGUGGCUCAAGAAGAACCUGCUGUAUGCUCCGAUGAUCAGGAAGCGUCAUAACCGGGAGUUCCAACUCAGCAGUGCCAUCAACGUCGGCACCUUGCCCACCAGACUUCAGUUCCUGUUUCUCGUCGCCUAUCUGGCUACAAAUGUGGUCUUCUGCGUCAUCAAUGUCUCUUUCGCCGCGUCCUUUGAUGACACCGCACGUCUGAUCAGGAGCCGCACUGGUACCCUGAGUGUGGUCAACAUGAUCCCUCUUUUCAUCAUGGCGGGCCGCAACAACCCCCUGUGCAAGCUGCUUGGUGUCUCUUUCGACACCUUCAAUCUGAUGCACAGAUGGUUCGGUCGCAUCGUCGUGCUUGAGGGUGUUGCCCAUGUUGUUGCGUACUGGCUCGGUUCUGCCUACAAGACCGGCUUUCUCGCGGCUUUCACAAAGUCCUACACGUCCCCACCAUUCUUGCCCGGUUUCAUCGCUGUCAUUGCAUUCGUCGUCAUCUUUUUCCAGGCGUCCAGUAUUGCCAGACACGCAUUCUAUGAAUCGUUCAAGAUACUGCACAUCCUGCUGGCCGUGACAGCUGUCGUUGGUCUCUAUUACCAUCUGCUCAUGAUCGCGCCCAACACCCUGACGUACCUCAAAUGGCUCUACCCCGCAAUUGUUGCCUGGGCUCUCGACCGUUUCAUCCGCAUGGCAAGAGUGAUGUAUCACAAUCUUGGCCAUGGUGGAACCAAGACACUGGUUGAGGCUCUUCCCGGCAAUGCCGUCCGUGUGACUGUGACCAUGGCGAGGCCUUGGACCUUCCGGCCUGGCCAGCACGCAUACUUGUAUUUGCCGUCAAUCAGCUUCUGGCAGUCGCAUCCGUUCAGUCUGGCUUGGAGCGAGGAGAGCGAGUCCUUCGAGAAUGGCGACAAGGUGGCCAUGAACCGCAAUGAUAUCCUUGGCAAAGGCAAGACGACCAUGUCCUUCAUCAUUAGGGCUCGGACGGGAAUGACGAAUGCGCUGUACCAGCGUGCUGCCGAGGCUCGCGACGGCCGCCUGACGACAACCUGCCUGGUUGAGGGCCCCUAUGGUGGCGAGCACCCGCUACACUCGUACGGCACGGCAGUCCUCUUCGCUGGUGGUGUCGGCAUCACCCAUCAGGUCCCCCAUGUACGGGAUCUCGUCGCUGGGUUCGCCAACGGCACGGUUGCGACCCGCAAGGUCGUCCUCGUUUGGGUUAUUCAGAGCCCCGAGCAUCUGGAAUGGAUUCGGCCCUGGAUGACACAGAUUCUGGCCAUGGACCGCCGCCGCGAGAUUCUCCGGAUCAUGCUUUUCGUCAGCCGACCGCGCUCCACCAAGGAAAUUCACAGCCCUUCAUCGACAGUCCAGAUGUUUCCCGGCCGGCCCAACAUUGAGACGCUCCUGUCGAUGGAGAUGGAGAACCAGAUUGGCGCCAUGGCUGUCACCGUCUGUGGUCCUGGUGCCCUCAGCGACGAGGUGCGCCAGGCUGUCAGGCGCCGGCAAUACAGCGGCUCUGUGGAUUUCAUUGAAGAAGCCUUUUCAUGGUAA